GUUAAUUUUCACAAAGGUGUUGUCCUAGUUGUCAGCACUAAACCACUCCACUAUGGUCGAUCUAAACACCACGGAGCCGACUGUGCGGUGUCAUUGUAUGCCUCUUCAUCAGUGUCCCAACAGGAAUUUGAUGUGUGUUUCUACCACUGGCUGCUUUCAUUCUCUACUUUUGGACACAUCGUUGAAGUACGUGGUCAGUGAACAUCGUGGUUGUUUUCCAAAUCACACAAACCAAGUGGAUUUGCAUUGCCGCGAGCCACCUCUGAUCAACCCACUUGUGUACUGCUGUUCAGCAGUUGAUGGCGAUUACUGCAACCGGGACUUGGCCCCACAUCUUCCGCGAAGCCGACUAGCUGCAUUGUUCUCGUUUUCAGAUAACAUCAUGCUUAUCAUGGCGUUUCUAUUACCGCUUGGCACUCUGGUUUGUGGUCUCAUUGCAAUUGGUUUGUUUUGGCAAUGCGUCCUCCGCAAACGCCUGGAACGGCAUAGUCUUCCAGUUGGGUUUUAUCCCCGCUACUUUUCCCGAACGCGACGAAAUACUGCCCUCAGCGCGUUUCUUUCCAAGUACCUAUCCUGCUUCCGUAAAUGUAAGGUCGAUUUCGACAGAUGCUCUGAAGAGCAACAUUUGGCCCUUAGUUGCGUCGAAAAACCUCGAGAAUUAAUUAGCUGUACAAGUGGCAGUGGUAGCGGGUUGCCAUUUCUGGUUCAGCGCACGAUUGCCCGUCACGUCCAGCUUGAAAUGUGCAUAGGCAAGGGCCGUUUUGGCGAAGUUUGGCGGGCGCUGUGUCAAGGAGAACUUGUUGCCGUCAAGAUAUUCUCUAGUCGCGAUGAAUCUAGUUGGGCACGUGAAACGGAAGUGUACAACGCAGGACUUCUGCAUCAUCCAAAUUUGUUGGCAUAUUACGCAAGCGAUAUGAUAUCCCGGGGUGGUUGUACACAGCUGUGGCUCAUCACCGCCUAUCAUCAGAAUGGCUCAUUACAUGAUUAUCUCAGUCACAAAACACUGAGCCUCUCCGACUCAUUUCGCCUCGCACGAUCUAUCGCUGCUGGACUGGCUUUCCUGCACACAGAAAUUAGGGGAUUCCAAUCCAAACCCGCAAUUGUUCAUCGGGAUAUCAAAUCCAAGAACGUGCUUGUACGGGACGACAGAGAGGCUUGUAUCGCUGACCUGGGACUUGCCCUCUUACAACCGAAAUUCGGCAACGGCAUUUCAGGCCAUUUUCAGACCUCCAGAAUCGGUUGUGAUACCACUUCCGGAGCUACUGAGUCCUACCAUCUUGGUUUGUCAUCACCUGGAGCUCCUCAACCGGCUGGACCUAGAGUGGGAACUAAGCGAUACAUGGCUCCAGAACUGCUAAUGGCUGUAGACCCUCUUUGUAGCUCCGUUGCAGUUUAUCCAGACUCCUCGUUGGAACUAUCCGGUGAAAAUUUAUUGGUCGGAACGGUUGUUCCUUACCUGCCAUUUGAAGUUUAUCAAGCGGCGGACGUGUACGCCAUGUCACUGGUUUUUUGGGAGCUCUUGCGGUGCACUCGUGGUUCGGACAAAAACAAUCCAACUGUUGAGGGAUACCAAAUUCCGUAUCAAGACAUGGUACCAACUGAUCCGACCUUUUCGCAAAUGCGUAAUGUUGUGUGUGACAAUUACCCUGAAGAUGGAACUCAGGGCACCGAUGAUGUUUGCAGUCCAGCUGACCAGAAAAGCACUCCUUCAAGUGGCGCAAUCUCUGUCAAUCACGGACGCAGGCCACCAAUCAGUAAUCGCUGGCUAGAUGAUCCUUACCUCCUUCGGGCUACCCAUCUCAUACAAGAGUGCUGGCACUGGAACUGGUCAUCCCGACUACCCGCUUUACGCGUACGAAAAAACCUAGAAGUACUUGAAUCGUCAUUGGUUAAUCUCACUGGUGAUACGUGACCUCUGCUUUUGUAACUCACUGUAGCAUUUACUGUUACUUUUGUCUUGUGUGAGGAUAGGCGUUUCUUCUAAACUGAUCAACUCUUUUAGACUUCAAUGCAAU